AAGCCUCACGAGAAGCCCCCCGCCCCUCUCUACCUCUCCUCGAAAUUUUCAUUAAGUUCAUCUCUCUUGCUUCUCCAAUCUCACAAUGGCGAGCGGUAAGAUCAAGAUCGGAAUCAACGGAUUCGGAAGAAUCGGUCGUUUGGUCGCGAGAGUUAUCUUGCAGAGGGACGAUGUUGAGCUCGUCGCCGUUAACGAUCCUUUCAUCACCACUGAUUACAUGACCUACAUGUUCAAGUACGACAGUGUUCACGGUCAGUGGAAGCACAAUGAACUCAAGGUCAAGGAUGAGAAGACUCUUCUCUUUGGUACGAAGCCAGUCACUGUUUUCGGUAUCAGGAACCCUGAGGAGAUCCCGUGGGCUGAGGCUGGUGCCGAAUACGUUGUUGAGUCUACCGGUGUCUUUACCGACAAGGACAAGGCUGCUGCUCACUUGAAGGGUGGUGCCAAGAAGGUUAUCAUCUCCGCCCCGAGCAAGGAUGCGCCCAUGUUUGUUGUGGGUGUCAAUGAGCAUGAGUACAAGCCUGAGCUUGACAUUGUCUCCAAUGCUAGCUGCACCACCAACUGCCUUGCUCCCCUUGCCAAGGUUAUUCACGACAGGUUCGGCAUUGUUGAGGGGCUCAUGACCACCGUCCACUCCAUCACUGCUACUCAGAAAACUGUUGAUGGCCCAUCAAUGAAGGACUGGAGAGGUGGAAGAGCUGCUUCCUUCAACAUUAUUCCUAGCAGCACUGGAGCUGCCAAGGCUGUGGGCAAGGUUCUCCCAGCUCUCAACGGCAAGUUGACUGGAAUGUCCUUCCGUGUUCCGACGGUGGAUGUCUCAGUUGUUGAUCUCACUGUUCGGCUUGAGAAGCCUGCCACAUACGAUGAAAUCAAGAAAGCAAUCAAGGAGGAAUCUGAAGGAAAGCUCAAGGGAAUCUUGGGUUACACCGAGGAUGACGUUGUUUCUACAGACUUUGUUGGUGACAGCAGGUCGAGCAUAUUUGACGCAAAGGCAGGAAUCGCAUUGAGCGAGACGUUCGUGAAGCUCGUCUCCUGGUACGACAAUGAGUUGGGCUACAGUACGCGUGUCGUGGACUUAAUUGUUCACAUCUCAAAGGCCUAAACUUAUUAUCACCAUCACCAGAGAGAUAAUGGCAAAGAGGAAGGACACUCUUGGUGGCCUUCUGAAUAAGAACAACUUGGGAGACGGUAUCGUUGUCCUUUAUUUUAUAAAUUUCUAAAACCCUCCUGUUGAGCCAAAGGGUUUUACCCCGAAAUGCUUGGUUUGAUUGAUGCAUGAUUUAAGAGUUAUGACUAUGGUUUUUUGUUCAA